CUUCUAACCGAUUCUUAACUAACUCCACCCCUGUCUUCUAACCUCAAUUGAGAAUGAGAAGUAACAAACUAAAUUAAGACCUUUAGGCUAGUGAAGUAAACUCAAAUGAUUUCCUAAACAAAGAGAUUUUGAUUAGAGAGCCAUUUUUUGAAUUUUGAAUCGAUUCGAAAUGGAAAUUGAAAAAGAAAACUCAUUUUGCAAACAAAUUCCCAGUCUCUUUUCUUCAUUCGUCGACACAUUCGUUGACUUUUCUGUCAGCGGUUUCUUCCUCCUACCUCCGCCGUCAUCUCCGCCACCUCCGCUUCCCACUCGUCUCCCCUCCCCGCAACGUCUCAUCGCCAUCGGCGACCUCCAUGGCGACCUCAAGAAGUCAAAAGAAGCUCUCCGCAUCGCCGGCCUCAUCGACGCCUCCGAUCGCUAUACCGGAGGCUCAUCCACUGUUGUUCAAAUCGGCGAUAUCCUCGACCGAGGCGGCGACGAGAUCAAAAUCCUCUACCUAAUGGAAAAACUGAAACGCGAAGCAGCACGUUCCGGCGGAAGAAUCGUCACCAUGAACGGUAACCACGAGAUCAUGAACGUGGAAGGAGAUUUCCGUUUCGCGACGAGAAGCGGCCUCAAGGAAUUUAGGGUUUGGUUGUAUUGGUACCGCGAAGGUAACAAAAUGAAGAGUCUCUGCAAAGGUUUCGAACCGGUUAAAGAUCCGUUAGACGGCGUCCACGUGGCGUUUCCUGGCGUGAGGAAGAAGUAUCACGACGGAUUUAGGGCUAGGGUUGCGGCGUUAAGGCCGAACGGUCCGAUUUCUAGAAGAUUCUUUUCACAGAACGUUACCGUUUUGGUAGUUGGAGAUUCGGUUUUUGUUCAUGGUGGUUUGUUGCAAGAACAUGUUAAUUACGGUUUGGAGAAGAUUAACAAGGAAGUUAGUGAUUGGUUUAAGGGUUUAUAUGGUCACCGGUUUUCGCCACAGCAUUGCCGUGGGAAGAAUGCUGUUGUUUGGCUAAGGAAAUUCUCUGAUGGAAAUUGUGAUUGUUCGAGUCUUGAGCAUGUUUUGUCUACUAUUCCAGGUGUUAAGAGAAUGAUUAUGGGGCAUACUAUUCAGACCGAAGGGAUUAACAGUGUUUGCAGGAACAAGGCUAUUCGAAUCGAUGUUGGUAUGUCGAAAGGGUGUGGUGACGGUUUGCCUGAGGUUUUGGAGAUUGAUAGGAUUGCAGGGGUGAGAAUAUUGACAUCAAAUGCUUUAUAUCAGGGUAUUCAAGAAAAUGUUGAUGUUAGGAUGGAGGAAGAAGGGUUUGGAAUGUUGGUUAAUAAUCAACAUGAUAGACCUAGGCAAGUGGAAGUUAAGGCGUAAAUUCGAUAUUCUAGGUUUACAACAUAUGCAGACGACACCGUGACGAUGCGCGCCGACCGUUUGUACUAGAUAUGGGGCUUCAAGGCUUUGAACUAAUGUGUUAGUUUCAACUUUGAAAUUGUUUAGAUUUGUAAGGCAAAUGAUGCAAUAAAGGUUUCAUAUUCUUGUGCAAUAAAGGUUUCUCAUUUUU